GAUGAAGAGCAGCGGCGGCAUGGGCACCAGCAGCACCGUCGUCCUCGCUCUUCUCGUCGCCGCCCUCGCGGCCACCGCCGCCGCCGCCAGGCCCUCCCACGCCGACGCGAUCCGUCUCCCCACCAGCCGCCGCGGCGCCGGGGCCGGCGGGCUGCCGUGGGAGUGCUGCGACUUCGUCGUGCGGGACCCGGACUUCCGGCCGCCGCGGUGGCAGUGCAACGACGUGUCGGCCGAGUGCCCCGCCGCCUGCCGCCGGUGCGAGGAGGCGCCGGGCGGCGGCGGCUACGUCUGCCGCGACUGGGUCGUCAGCCUGCUCGAGCCGCCCGUGUGCACGCCCCGGCCGUGGGACUGCUGCGACGCCGCCGUCUGCACCAGGGCGUACGUCCCGUACUGCCGCUGCGCCGACAAGGUGGAGGCGUGCCCGAGCAACUGCAGCGAGUGCGAGCUGGUGGAGGCGGACCCGCCCCGGUACCGCUGCCUCGACCAGUUCCACGGAUACCCUGGCCCCAAGUGCACGCCGUGGAUGGGCAACUAGCCCAGCACAUCACGAUCAGCUAGUAAGCUGCUGCGUAUACGUACGUCCCCAAAUACUAAAUCCAUAAAUAAAAUUAACUAGCGUACGAGCUAAUAACUGAUUGUUCAUUCCGGCAUGGACGAUUAGUUACCCUAUAGCUCGCUAGCUGCUGCGUGCUACCGUAUUUCGUGCCACUAAAUAACUGACGAAGCUAUUGUUAUGUUGCUACGCUGCAUCGUUGUUGAUCAGAUCGAUCUUAUCUU